UGAUUCUAGAUUGUACAUCGUGACCUAGCAGCUCGUAACGUAUUGCUCACCAAUGAUCAAGUUUGUAAAGUUUCCGAUUUUGGAUUUGCAAAAGAUAUAUUUGGAGCAAAAACAUUUAACAAGAGGAUGUCUCUCGAACCAGUUCGUUGGAUGGCACCGGAGUCAUUAAAAGAGAACGUGUUCAGUACUAAAUCGGACAUAUGGUCUUUCGGUGUGGUUCUUUGGGAAAUCAUCACAUUUGCUCGCAUCAAGCCAUAUAGCGACGUUGACAGUCACGUGCUGCGCCAGCAAAUGAUGUCAGGUGAACACACGAUAUUGAAGAAACCAAAAGAUUGCCCAAGUGACGUAUUUCGAAUUAUGAAGUGGUGCUGGAGCACGAACCCGGAUGAUCGUCCAUCGUUCCAUUUGCUUUCUGAUAUCCUUGAUGACAUGCGCGAGGAAUAUUUAGAAGCUUCAGAAACCGCUUUCGGUACUUUAACUGAUAUAAACCGACUCAGUGUAUUGUACAAUGAAGAUGAAUUAAACACCAUUGCUUCAGCUCGGCGAAUCUCUACGGAUUUGUAGUAUCUCGCAUAUCUAAAUAAAAGUUAAAAUAAUAAAUUAUUUAUUUAUGGUUACAGGCAAAUAUUGUUCAUAUAAUACAUUUUAAAAGGGUGGUGCUGUAGUGUUAGCUUGCCGCACGAUUCGAUUAAAUUUCUGCCAAGUCCGAUACAGUAAUGUUUAUUAAAGAUCGGAGAUUACAGUAUGUAGAUAAUCUACGUUCUAAGAAUGUAUUUACAGCUUUAAUUGACCACGGUUGUACGAUAUUCGGUAGAUAUGAAGCACGAAAGAUCGGUUAUGUCUCUUCUACGGCGACGGAAAUGGCGGGAAAAAUAACAUAUGUUGUGAGACCGCAAGCUCAAUUCAAUUUGUGUAAAUAUACUUAGAGACUAAUAAUACUAUUAACUAGACCUGUAUUAUUGACAGCCAACCACAAAAGGAUUAAUUGCAGCUCACAGUAAUGUCUUAUCUGAAUACAUUGACAUGAAUAUUAUUGCACAAUAAUAAAUUAGGUCUUUAUCAUCAUGCAAUAAACGAAAUCUAAAUCAAUGAGCCUUCGAAUAGUGGAUAUAGGCUUCAACGAGAGACGGCGGCAUGAAUCGAGAACAGAUAAUGUGAACAUAAUUAUUAGUAUUAGGACAACGUUGUGCAUUUGGUUGUGCUGGUGUGGGGAGGGGUUUAAGAAAGAAGCUCAGGGCUUGAAUGGUAUAUUUUAAUCGAUUUGUAAAAAAUCUCUAGGCCUGUACUAUUUUUAUAAUGAUGUAAAACCACAUAAUCUUCGACAUCUAAAUCAGACUAAAAUUGAUAUACUGUACUUCUAAAUCUAAAAAUAUCUAUAUAUAUCUAUCCUGUAUAUAUUUGUUUUUUUUUAAAAUUUUAAUUUUGUAAUUAUUAAAAUUUUAAAAAUUUUAAUUUUCUAUGCUAUUUCUAUAUCUUGUAAUCUCUCGAUUCAGGUUUUAAUGGUAUUUUAACAAUUGCGGUUUUGCAGAACAAAAUCCUGUAAGCCUCUAUUGUAAUUUUUUAUUUGUAACAUCUUUUUAACAUUUUAUUAAUCUAUUUAUAGGCUAUUUUAAUCUAUUAAACGUAUCGUCUUUC